AAUCAUUCAGUUUAUCAACAAGAAUGUGUGUCUGUAUCGUAUUGAAAGCCGAAGAAAAAUCUACAAAAAGGGCCCUAGAAUAACACCUCAGUUUGUCUGUAUGUUGAGCUAUCUCGUGUACUAAUGUCAGUACAGCGUCCGUAACUGAUUUCUUUGGUUGGUAUAUAGGCUAACUGAUGUAACAGGGGAAACUACUGGGAGGAUGAGUUUCAUUAAGAUCCUCUCAAAGCAUUCCAUCACGAUCGAUGUUAAGGCAACGGGUCGGUAGUCAUUUAGUUCAGACGCUUUGUUGGUUUGGGAACUGGAAUAACUUGCUUUCCUUCAACAACUAACCUUGUAGAAGUAUCCAUAAAAAUUGAUAUUUACUCAGUCUACUCCAUUGACCUUUUGAAGUGCCUUUACGGAUGAUUAUUUUCAAUCGCCAUGGUCAGUGAUCAUCAGCCCGAAACUCUUUAUAAAUACGCCUAUUUAAUAUCGUGCACUGAUAUCAAAGGUUAGAAUUUCGCCUGAUCGAACAAAACAACCGGACUCCUUAGUUAGUAUCGUUUUGGUAUCUCAUUGAAAAUCGAAGGUGGUGACAGUUAUCAAAAUGGCGCCAAGAACGCGUUCCAGUCGAGAACGGAUUGAUGAUGACGACACACCAUCAGAUCCAUAUCGUCAUAUCGUGUUGUUGGUAACAUUUCUCUUCCUGUUUCUUGAAGCUGGUAUUACCAAAGCGUUUGGAGUUCUACUCACACCCAUGGUUUUCCAGCUAGACAGCAAUUUUGCAACUGUUGCCGUCAUAUUUUCUUUACCGUGGACAGUGGCACACAUUGGCGCGGUAGUUGUGAAGCCACUGGCCAGCAAUAUUGGUCUAACCAAGAUUUCAACAGCUGGGGGGUUGAUAGCUGCAGUUGCCAUAACAACGUCAUCCUUCGCACAUACAACCUCGGCUCUAGGAAGCCUCUUCUUUCUAUUCGGUAAAAACAUAAUCCCUCAAAAUCAUAGAUCAAAUCUAAUAGAAAAUAUAACCACUUGCGAUGACAAAGCGAAUUCUGAAGUUGUUUCUAUCCUUUAUUAUCCAAUGCUAAUUUUGUCUAUUCUUUUGCAGGUAUUGGUCAGUGUAUGAUAUUAGUUCCAGCAAUCAUCUGUUUACAUGGUCACUUUAAAGGAGAUUUUGCAUUCGCCAGCUCCUUUGUCUUUAUGGGUUCCCUGACAGGAAUUCUCAUCUUGCCCAUCCUAACUAAUGUCUUGCUCGAAGCCUACGGACCACACCAAGCCCUUCUCUGCUUAGGUGGCCUUUGCCUUAACAUGUUACCAUUCGGUCUUGUCUUAAAAUUGCCAGAGGAAAGGCAAAAGAGACCACCUGCGCCAGCAUGUGAACAUCUCUUGGAGGUCAUGGGUACCGAUUCUUUAACUAACAAAGAUUUUGCUCUGGAUAAAAAUGUAAAUCAAACCAGCCAGUGUCACAAUCUGCCUCAAAACACUGAAUAUUCCUCCAUCCUCAAAAAUAAGAGCACAGAUGCAAAUGCUGACAUCGAUCGGUAUCUCGUCGGCAUACGAAGACGAUUCUUGGGACUGCUGUCAGAUCUAAAGACAUUCCUUCAAGAAGCAAAGUUUUUCAUGGCUUUCAUUUUGCCAUGCGACACCCUGGCUGCAUUUACUCUCAUAAGCUGGACUAUUUUCAUCGUACCCUUUGCAAUCUCUGUCGGAAUCCCUGAAUCCAAAGCAGUCUUCGUGGGAACUAUGGGAGGUGUCGGAGGCCUGGUUGCGAGAAUGUUGAGCACUGUCAUCUUGUAUUUUCAUCCGACCUGGGUGUCUGGUCAAUAUAUUCUGUUUUGCUCUUUGACAUCUCUGAUGUUCUUCAUUCAGCCCUUGGGGACGGCUUACUCCUACAUCCUUGUCUGUUCCUUCUUCUUGGGCUUCGGUCUUUAUGGCAGUGUCUGUCUAAUUGAAGCAUUGAUUGCCAACGUCGUCAAGAAAGAUGUGUUUCCCGCCGCGAUUUCUAUCUCGUAUCUUUGCAAAGGCGUCAGUGCAGUCCUAACUGCUUACAUUACUGGAUCGCUGUACGAUCUGACGCAAUCCAUUGAGAUACAAUUUUAUAUUCUCGGCGUCUUGCAGGCGAUCAGUGUCGGCAUCUUUAUAUCGCUUCUCGUCAUCAAGAAGCGAUCAGGAAGUACCCGAAGCAGAGAAUUAUAA